ACCCACAGCCUCCAUUACCUUCACUGGGGCAGAUUCCAGAGACCUGCCCCCUCCUAUCCAACCACUCUCCUGCCCUGCCCAGUUCAUAACCCACUGUUUCAGAACCGGCUUGCUCUGCCCUCAGAAGACCUCACAGGUUAUCCCUCUGACAGCAGAUCCCAGAAGUUGUAGGACAUUCCUCGGGCUCCCAUCCCGGGGAUGUUUAUUCUCUGGGUGGAGGGUGAAAAAGAAAGAUGUUGCAAUCCACUCCAUCCACGUCAGACACAGACACGUCAUCUGAAAGGGAGGAGGGCAGGGCUAGAGGAGGGACACCCUGAGGCAACCAGCCCUUGAUUUCGCCUGCUGGCUGGCCCCCCACCUGCUAGCCUGAGGGGAUGAAGCAGCCCAGCCUACCAGGCCUGCCCCCUUCCCCGACUUCCCUUGAUAACAAAGCAGAAACUGAAACUAAAAGAGGCUCAAGUUAGAGAUGAGUCACUUCCCAAAGUAACUGCAGUAACCGAGUGGUGACAACAAAAAGGCCGAAGAGAACUCGGGCACGGGAGCAGACAGGACUUUCUGAGGGUCGCCAAGGAACAUGGCAGGCAGCCCAGAGGUGGUGGCCAUAGACUGCGAGAUGGUGGGCGUAGGGCCCCAAAUGGUGAGUGGCCUUGCCCGCUGCAGCAUCGUGAACCUCUAUGGCGCAGUUCUGUACGACAAAUACAUCCGGCCAGAGGGCGUGAUCACCGAUUAUAGAACCAGAGUCAGCGGGAUCACACCUCAGCACAUGAUGAGGGCUACGCCUUUUGCUGAAGCCAAGCUAGAGAUCCUGCAGCUUCUCAAAGGCAAGCUGGUGGUGGGCCACGACCUGAAGCAUGACUUCAAUGCACUGAAGGAGGACAUGAACAACUACACCGUCUACGACACCUCCACAGACAUGGUGCUGAGUCAUGAGGCCAAGGUGGGCCAUUACAGACGGGUGUCCCUGCGGGUGCUGAGCGAGCGGCUGCUAAACAAGCGCAUCCAGAACCACUGGCUGGGUCACAGCUCUGUGGAAGACGCCAGGGCCACGAUGGAGCUCUACAAAAUCUCUCAGCGACUCAGAGCCAGAGGCCAGCCAGGACUGUCCCACCUGGGGGCAUCACACUGAAGGUCAUCCUCUUCCAGGGACCAGAAGCUUCCACUCCUUAAGGACAGUAGUUUUCCACAGAUGAGACCCAUUUCUAAUAGCAAAAGCAAAGACAAGAACACUCCUCCUUGACAGGGUUUCUCUUGCUUUUGGGGAAAAAACAAACAAACAAAAAAAACAAAAAAAAAAAAAAACAAAAAACAGAACAAACAAAUACAAAAAAAAACCUUUAGUAAUAAAUCACACUGUAUUUUAUCUAAUCAA